AUGAGCUCUUCAUCUGCAGAAGAUGCCACGAGCGUCGCCCAAUCAAAUUAUUCACCUGUUCAUGCCUCAGGGUUGACAUUUACCUUGAGAUACCAUCUUAAGAACCCACGCAAUCUUGAAAACCCAGGGAAGGCACUUGCUCCUCCAAGCUUCUCUUCAGAAAAUGAUUCCGUUGUUUCUAAUACUGAUACUAGUGGUGGAGCUAUAAGUUAUUCUGCGCAGGCUUCGCAACGCAGCUUUGAAGCAGAUAUCACAGGCCAGAAUAGUGAUGGUGAAAAAUCAGCUCCCGCCACGGAGGAUGAUUAUGAUGGGGAUGAGAGCAUGAAUGAUGACUCUGAGUCCAUGAUUAUUGGUGCUCAACGCGAACAUACUCUAGGGGACACCUUCAUAGAAUGUCGUAACUGUGGAGAUAUUUUUGACUACUCACGAUAUGCCCUGUGGAUACCUGGCUACCAGCGAAAUUUACGGCGAUCUCUUCGAAUGCCAUAUGAAGACACACAUCCUCAGAUAGUUAGAUGUCCAGGAUGCGACGCUGAGAACUGCAUGGCCUGUGAGAAACGUCCUCAUGAACAUUCCUGUUUCUAUGAGCAUGCUCAUGUCGUAUGGCAUGCUUUGUGCUCCGUCGACGAUGCCAUUGUUCAACAUCGGAAGGUGUCUCCAUACGAAAAAGACGACAAGAACCUUGAUGCCGCGGUUGUAAAAGCCCUAAACAUCCUCCUCGAACAGAUACCGAAAGAUUCUAAAGUCUCUCUCGACUAUUCUGACCUCAUCCGAAAGACUCUGUUGCUAGAUCAGGUAGCAUUCACAAUUGGAAAUAUGACUGCCGAAAAUCGGUUCGACACUAUUUGCCUACAAUCUUGGUCAUUCAUCCACAUGCUAUCUGAGCGCAAGAAUCUCUUCGGAUUGUUGAUGGAAGACCGCCUUCAGCUCUCGAGAGACUUAUCUCCCGGUGUCAGAAUCUUGGGAUUCCCAGUUGCCUUCUUCCCUGUUGAAUUGACUUUCGACGCUGACCGAUAUGCCCCCCUGACCUACAAUAUAUGGUCCCUCAUUCGCCAUAACUACAAGUCUGCACAUGAGUAUCUGUCUGGGGAUACUGAACUAAAUGAUAAAUGGCCGGCUGUGCAAUUAGCACGAAAUAUUGUUCAACUCCAUGAUGAUUUGAAGAAGCAACCACAGCCAUCUGAGCUCACCCUUUUUAUGCAAGCUCAGCAAUUACAAUCUUUUUCGGCACGUCUUGAAGAGAUGCAUCGAGUUAGUGGCACAAAAUACGGAGCUGUAAAGGAGAACAUCAGAGCUGUACGAUCUCCAUGGCUGGUCAAGAAGCGGGGUCAGGAUGAUGAGAAUGAUGAUGAGAAUACUGGAGGCAAGAGAAGAAAGACUACUAAUCAGGGAAAAAAUUUAGGAAAUGGAAAUGACUGGACCGCAAGCAAAAGUGGGGGAUGGUGGAAGAUUGCCUAG